AUGGCGGCGGCCGCGGCGGCAGCGGCGGGUGACGAGGCGGCGACGCGCGACGUGCAGCGGCUGCUCGUGCAGUUCCAGGAUGAGGGCGGGCAGCUGCUGGGCUCGCCGUUCGACGUGCCCGUGGACAUCACCCCGGACAAGCUGCAGCUCGUGUGCAACGCUCUGCUGGCUCAGGAGGAUCCCCUGCCACUGGCUUUCUAUGUCCAUGAUGCCGAGAUCGUCUCCUCACUGGGGAGGACACUGGAGUCACAGGCGGUGGAGACAGAGAAGGUCUUGGACAUCAUUUACCAGCCACAGGCUAUCUUCAGGGUUCGCGCUGUGACCCGCUGCACCAGCUCCUUGGAGGGUCACAGUGAGGCGGUCAUUUCCGUGGCCUUCAGCCCCACAGGAAAGUACCUGGCCAGUGGCUCCGGAGACACAACAGUUCGCUUCUGGGAUCUCAGCACUGAGACGCCACACUUCACAUGCCAGGGACACAGACAUUGGGUCCUUAGCAUAUCCUGGUCCCCAGACGGCAAGAAGCUGGCUUCAGGCUGUAAGAAUGGCCAGAUUCUCCUGUGGGACCCAAGCACAGGGAAGCAAGUCGGCAGGGCGCUCACUGGCCACAGCAAGUGGGUCACAGCCCUGAGCUGGGAGCCGCUCCAUGCCAACCCCGAGUGCCGCUACGUGGCCAGCAGCUCCAAGGAUGGCAGCGUGCGGGUCUGGGACACGACCUCGGGGCGCUGCGAGCGCAUCCUCACCGGGCACACGCAGUCAGUCACCUGUCUCCGCUGGGGAGGGGACGGGCUUCUCUACUCGGCCUCCCAGGACCGCACCAUCAAAGUCUGGAGGGCUCAUGAUGGCGUGCUGUGCCGGACUCUGCAAGGCCACGGCCACUGGGUGAACACCAUGGCCCUCAGCACUGACUACGCCCUGCGCACGGGGGCCUUUGAGCCCGCUGAGGCCUCAGUGAAUGCCCAAGACCUCCGAGGGUCCUUGCAGGAGUUGAAGGAGAAGGCUCUGAGCCGCUACAACCUCGUGCGGGGCCGGGGCCCAGAGAGGCUGGUGUCUGGUUCAGAUGACUUCACCCUGUUUCUGUGGUCCCCGGCAGAGGACAAGAAACCCCUGGCACGGAUGACGGGGCACCAGGCUCUCAUCAACCAGGUGGUCUACUCCCCAGACUCCCGAAUCAUCGCCAGCGCCUCCUUCGACAAGUCCAUCAAGCUGUGGGACGGCAGGACGGGCAAGUACCUGGCCUCCCUGCGCGGCCACGUGGCUGCCGUGUACCAGAUCGCGUGGUCGGCCGACAGCCGGCUCCUGGUCAGCGGCAGCAGUGACAGCACGCUGAAGGUGUGGGACGUGAAGGCCCAGAAGCUGUCCAUGGACCUGCCGGGCCACGCAGAUGAGGUAUAUGCUGUCGACUGGAGUCCUGAUGGCCAGAGAGUGGCCAGUGGUGGGAAGGACAAGUGCCUCCGGAUAUGGAGGAGAUGA